AUGGCGGACAUUGAAAGAAGGGUGAGAAGAAUCCGGAAUAUAAACAUAUUUAUUAGAGUAGACAGAAGAUUUUUUAAAGAUAGGAGCAAUCCGUUAGAGGUUUUAAGCAGAGAUGAGGUUCGCGAGAGGUAUAGGUUCUUUCCCGAGACCAUUGUAUAUAUCUGUGGACUCUUGGAUCUGGCAAGACCAACGCAAAGGUCACAGCCUUUGUUAACACUCUUAACAACUUUGGUUUCUCUACACUACUUUGCCACGAACUGCCACCAUAUAGUGACUGCAGACUUUCCAGAUCCAGUGUCAGCAGAGCAGUGUCUCAGUUUACAGACCAACUAUGCGGGAGAAUGCAAGAAUUUAUUUCUUUCCCUGAAGACAAACAAGCAUGUCAAAGACAGUUUUUUAAUAUUGCAGAUGGUAGGGGUGCGUACCGGUUCUCGAUAUGUAUCGAAUACCGGUAUUGAGGGUUCGAUCGAUACAUCGGAUCGAACGUUCCUGUAUCGAUCAAAAUAUCGAUCAAAAGCUAACUACAUGUUAUCUCGUGGCAGAAAUAUACUUCUAUACAUCUUUAAUUCAGAUUUAUAUUUCAUUAUCGUUGUAGGAUUUCCAAAUGUAGUCGGGGUAGUGGACGGUACACAGAUCCGGAUUCAAGGGCCGACGGAACAUGAAGAAGAUUACGUAAACAGGAAAGGCUUCCACUCGAUAAAUGUUCAAAUGAUAUGUGACGCAAGAUUCAUGAUUCUGGAUGAUGUUGCAAAAUGGCCCGGAAGUGUGCAUGAUUCAAGGAUAUUCCGAGACAGCGAAGUGGGCGGGCGAUUAGAAAGAGGUGAGAUCGACAGUUUGUUGCUGGGGGACUCUGGAUAUCCUUGCAGAAAAUAUUUGAUGACCCCUUACCAUGCUCCACAAACACAUGCACAGGAAAGAUUCAAUGAAAGUCUUUGUAAGACAAGAGUGGUUGUGGAGCAGUCAUUUGGUGUUAUGAAAAGACGAUUUCCAUGUCUAUCGUAUGGUUUACGUGUGUCACCUCCAAGGGCAUGUAAAAUUACUGUAUCAUGUGUCAUUUUGCAUAACAUGGUAUACAGAGGAAUGAAAUCUAUGCUAGAGUGGUGGAGGUAGCCAAUCAGCAGCCAGAAGUUUUAUACGAUGGGCCAGGAACCGGAAAUCAUUACCGGGAUUUUUUAGUUAAUGCUUUUUUUGCUUAAGAGCCACUGUUAUUUAUACCAGAAAAUGAAAAUAACACUAUAUAGCCAUAA